AUAUCGUAACCAACAACCAAAUAAGAGGCGGAUAACCAAAAAAAAUAAAAAUGCACAGCCAUGCUCUGCAAUUCCCCUCCAUCAGCGUCUCUUCCAUGUCCAUUUCAUUUAUCUCCCCUGGACACCUCUACAUAGAAACCUUCUGCUUCACUUAUCCACCCUGCUCAAAAGUCCUUCCUAACUCUAUUUCUGUGCAUAGACCUGUAAUCUCGAGAUGCGGCAACGGCCCACAAGAGAUAACAGGUGGUGACAACAACUUGAAGGAUGCACUGUCUGGUAUGGUGGGCAAGCAGGUGGAGGAACUCUUGAACAGAGAAGAGAACAGGGGCUUGCUUGAUGGAUUGGAGAAAGCAUCACAAAGAGUUGAAAUGGCUAAGAGGCAGCUUGUAGAAAUUGAAAGGCAAGAACUCGAGGCGAAGCUUUUGAGGGAUUACGUUACUCAGCUUGAAACCAGAGCAUCUGAGAAUGCCAGCGGGAGAUCCUAGAAGCAAGAACCAUGGUUGAAGACGCUGAACGUACUCUUUCGCUUAAUAAAACUGGA